UUUGAGAAUUAAUAGUGAACAGUUUGAACUCACUCGACAGAGAACUUCAAUUUUUAGCCCAGAAAAAUGUCCUCGGAAGUUCCCAAGUUCAAAGUUAUGGUCACAAACCAUAAAGUGCAUCCAGAAGCCUUGGAUAUCCUUAGGGAAGACUGUGAAUUGAUAUUCUGUGAUAAAUUCCCUUCGGAUCGUCAAGAGAUUUUGGAGAAAUGUCGGGGGGUAGAUGGUAUGUUUUGGACUACUCCGCAUCUUCUUGACAGCGAAGUCCUGGAUGCUGCAGGACCCCAGCUAAAAUGUGCGGCAACUAUAUCUGCGGGACUGGAUACCAUCGACGCAAAUGAGAUGAAGCGACGUGGCAUUGAACUUGGCUAUGCCCCCUACAUUUCAAAUACUGCUGUUGCUGAGCAUGCUAUCGGGUUGAUGAUAGCAGCUGGCAAACGGUUUCAUCAAGGUCGGUUGAAAAUAAAAAGCUCCGAAUGGAAGAACUGGCACAUUAGAUGGAUGCUGGGACAAGAAAUCAGAAAUUCAACAGUUGGCCUGGUUGGUUUUGGAGGAAUUGGUCAAGUCAUAGCCGAACUACUUCAAGGAUUCGGAGUGAAGCAAAUUCUGUACACAUGUCGACAUAAGAAUCCUCGAGGAGACGAACUUAAUGCCAAAUAUGUUCAGUUCGAUCAGUUAUUAUGUGAAAGCGACUUCAUAGUGGUUGCAUGCCCACUGACUAGUGACACAGAGAAUAUGUUCAGCGACGCUGAAUUUCAGAAGAUGAAACCUAAUUGUGUUCUCGUUAAUAUAUCACGAGGACCAAUCAUUGACCACGAUGCGCUCUAUAAUGCACUGAAAUUGGGACAAAUAUUCGCCGCAGGAUUGGAUGUGACUGUACCUGAACCUUUGCCUGCUAAUCAUCCUCUUUUGAAUCUACCGAACUGCGUUAUAACACCUCACCUCGCCGCUUCCACAUAUCCCACACGGGAAACAGUGGCUAAAGUCACGGCGCACAAUAUUAUGCGUUCAUUGCGCGGGAUGGAAAUGUUAUCGCCAGCCUUUACACUCCCCCAAAAAGAACGUAUCACAAACAGCGGCACUGAGUAAAAUCUUUUUUUUCUAAAAACCUACGCAUAUUUGUAAAUGUUUAUAUUUAAACUGAUUCCCAUAUACAUACAUAUAUCUAUGUACUUUCACAAACAGGAAAGAGGAAAUAAAUAACAAAAAUACAAUUCUUCUUACCGAUAACAAGUUAAAGCCUAUAAUUAACAAUUAAAAUAUAAAAGAAAAGUAUCUUUCCUCCCACUAUUUGGCUCCUAUUUUAUGACUGAUUAUAUUCCGCAAAACGAAAAAAAAACCCACAAAAUUAACAACAAA